AUGAACACGAAUAGACCAGCUCUCCGUUGCCUUGUCACUUGCUGUUGGUUUGCUUUUCAGAAAGCCGUGUCUGGUCGCGGCAAGGGCGGGAAGGGCCUGGGCAAGGGGGGCGCCAAGCGCCACCGCAAGGUGCUGCGCGACAACAUCCAGGGCAUCACCAAGCCCGCCAUCCGGCGGCUGGCCCGGCGCGGCGGCGUCAAGCGCAUCUCCGGCCUCAUCUACGAGGAGACCCGCGGGGUGCUCAAGGUGUUCCUGGAGAACGUGAUCCGGGACGCCGUCACCUACACGGAGCACGCCAAGCGCAAGACGGUCACGGCCAUGGACGUGGUCUACGCGCUCAAGCGCCAGGGCCGCACCCUCUACGGCUUCGGGGGCUGAGCUCUGAUUUCACCACCAGAAAAUUGCAUUUCUCAACCAAAGGCCCUUUUCAGGGCCACC